UCUUCCUCCAUAAAUAGCUUCACAUUUCUCUAUUGCAAAUAUCACCCCCUUCUCUCAAAACAAAAAGGAGGUAUUGAUCUUUCUUCUUCUUACUAAAGCUCUCAACUUUCUUUAUAUUUCUUCAAGAAAACAUACAAAAUGGCAAUCAGAAAAUCAAACAAGCUACCACAAGCUCCAAUUUUGAAGCAAAUUCUGAAAAGGUGUUCUAGUUUAGGUAAGAAGCACGUCUAUGAUGAUGAUGAAGAUCACCUUCCUGUUGACGUACCAAAAGGAUAUUUUACAGUUUACGUUGGAGAGAAUCGAACUCGAUACAUCAUACCUAUUUCUUUUCUGACUCAUCCAGAUUUUCAGUGCCUCCUUCGCUGCGCUGAAGAAGAAUUUGGCUUUGAUCAUGACAUGGGCAUCACAAUUCCUUGCGAAGAACUCGUUUUCCAGUCACUAACUUCCAUGAUCCGGUAGUGAAGUGUACAACAGGAAAGAAAAGAGUGAAUACUAAUGAACUAGGUGUAAGAUUUUUGAGUGAAGAAGAAUGGGCUCAAGCAGAAGCAAAUUGGUGUUUUUUGCUUCUCCUUUUGCUAACAUCUAAUUUCUUCACUCCACUGUUUUUUUUUCUUUUUCUAGAAACCACAUGAUAUUACUAGUAGUUUUUCUUUUGGGGUCAGGAUCAAGAUUUGUACAAAAAAAAAUAAAAAAAAAAUCUUGGAAAUUUCCUAGCAUUGGUGUUUUGCACCCAAUGAGAAUAGAGAAUCUCUUUUAAUCUAUUUCCCAUUUUCAACUCCCAAUCUAUUUGCAUUUUUACUGUCAAUUGAUCAUACUGGUAUUGGUGCAUUCUUCUUGAAUUGUAAUAUACUAGCAGUGCAUAGUAUUUACGUAGUAGCAAUGACAUUCUUGGCUCUACUCUGAAGACAUGAUUGAACAGAUAAAAUAUAUCACUCUUAUAAUUUAAACUUUUAGAUAGAUAUAUCACAUCAUUUAACAUACUAUCAUAGUAGACUGUGGUUCUGGUUUCAAGUAUUAAGUCACUCUGCAUUAAUUUCUUUCAUGUGCUUGACCCAUAAAAAAUGAAUCGAACAGUUACUCUGCCAAAACUUGUACACGAGUCCAUUACACAACCCAAUAUUCUCAUUAUUGUUCUAAGCUUUAGU